UUAAAGCUGUGACUGGGUUAAUAAAAUCUGUGCUAUUAACUCCUAGGAUCAUUCACAAUGAAGCAUCCACUAGUGCAGGUUGUGUCUGCACUUGUCAUAAUAUUAGGAGUUGAAGGAGAUAUGCUGGCUUCCAUAAACCCAGCCAAUUUUAAUGGAGAAAUACCACUUUGCUGCUCAGAUGAAUCUGUAACUGAAUGCAAAUCUUUGGAAAUGGACCAUACAGCUCUUGGUAAAAUGGUUCUGACCUUGCCUGAUGAUAUAACUGUUAAAUUUUGUAAUCUUGUGGGCGGUGAUCCUGGCUGUUUUCAUUACAAUAGUAGUGAAGCAAGUUGUGUUUUAACACAAAAUAGAAAAACCAAUGCAACUCAUGGUCAUUGUCAAGUGUUGGCAACUGGUCAGUCAUUUACAAUAGAGAAUUGUGGUCCCAAUGGACAUGUUUGGAAAAAGUUUAAUGUAAAUGCUCUUGGUAACAUAGAUAUUGCACUUGAUGAAGAUCCAGCCGUAGCAUUUAGAAUAGGACUUGAUGAACUGGUCUUAAAUGGAACAGUAGACCCUAGUUCAUUAGUAAAAUAUUCUGUAAAGGUUUACUACACAAGAAAGUUUGCUGAAGCAACAUCUGAUAUACCUGGAUUCAUAACGCAAAUGCUUGCAGAAACUAAUCAAGGCUAUGCUAACAGUCAGGUUUCUCUUCAAGUUUUCCUUCAUGGUUUGGAGGAGGCAACAAUUGAAGAGAAUAGUAAUCCUUUUGAACUGAUCAAAUCCUUUGAAACUAUGAAAGGAUCAGUUAAUGAACUCUUGGGUUGCGCAGAUUCUGCAAUUCUUUUGGUAACUUCAAUGACUUCAUGUGGUGCUGCACAUUUCAAUGGCUUGAAAACUGGAAAAACUUUGUCCGCUACAAGGAAAGAUUGUGCUCAAGGGGGUUUUAGUUUUGGACAUGAGUUAGCACACAACUUUGGAUGUCAUCAUGAUUCUGAUCAAAUUACUAAUCCGUUUUACUCUGAUGGACAUGGGCAUUUAAUUGAACAGGGGACUGGUACAACAGGUUAUAGAACAUUAAUGUCAUUUAGAACCCCAGGACAUGAAACCAGGGUAAACCACUAUUCUAAUCCUGGAGUAAUAUAUUCAGCAACAAACACUGCAACAGGAGUAGUUGGCUUAUCAAAUAAUGCAAGAGUUCUUACUGUAAAUAGACUGGCCAUGGCGGCCAUAGGUGAUGAGAGUCCAACAUGUCCGUUUGCUCCUACACAUUCAACUGUGCCUACAUCUAUUUCAACAUCCACCACCUUCCUUCCAACUUCAACAACUCAGCCAACAUUUCUUCCAGAUGAACGGGAUACCAGUACUGCCACAAGUACUGGCUCAAGUCCUGGUGAAUUAUCUGUGACAACAACAAGUCCUCGUGGUGUGUCUAAUUCAACAUCUUGUUUGGUUACAAAUGGACUGCCAACUCUUAGAUCUUUAGUACAAAACGGAUUUACAAGUCCUGACAGUGCAGAUGACUGUGAUGAUAGAUGUGAAGCUCGUAGACAUUGUGACUAUUGGUCCUACAAUUGCUGGACCAAGCAAUGCUACAUUUGGGGAUUUUGCUAUGAUUUCAAUCGACACAAUAAGGGAUGGUUGUCCGGACCAAGAGAAUGUGGAAAAGAACCCGAUUUACCUUGUCAACAAGAUGGAUCAAGAAUAUCCUUAACAUAUCGAAGUAAGCAAGCUGAAAAUCUUGAGGAAUGUGUAAUACAAUGUUUAGAUUCUAAUACAUGUGAAUAUUGGGCAUUCUAUGACGGAUAUGCACAGAGCAAUUUCUUUAGAUGCAGAUUGUAUUCACUCAUAAAGCCUGCAAUGGGAUGGUCAUCUGGGCUAUACAUAUGUUAAACCAUAAUUUACAAAUGCUUGUUUUAAGAUAUAAAGACUUAUUUUAUAGUGUCAAAAUUAUAUACAAAAAAACCCUAAAAGUUAUUACAUUAUUUUAAUUGUGUAAAGAGUUUUUAAUACAUAAAUAUAUAUUUAUUGAAA